AUGGCAGAGCUGGAAGCACAAAUUCAAUCUGCAGGACCAGCCAAGGAUACAGUUGCGAAGGUGGCUGAAGAAUUCCGGACGUUUCGGGAGCUGGUGUUCGCUAUGCUGGGCAUGAUUCGUAAGCAGAUAAAUGAGUGUUCCCAUAUGAUUGACGUUAUAGAAACCAGGCAUCGUCAGAAGGCUUUAAUAUUCUUGGGCGCUCCUGAAGCUGAUAAAGAGAACUGCAAGACCAUUGUUCUGGAUAUUAUGCAUAAGAUGGGGCUUACCGAAAUCACGGAAUCUUGCAUUGCAGUUUCUCAUAGGCUAGGAGUAGCCAGCAAAAACCAUCGGCCAAUCUUAGUUCGUUUCGUGCGAGUUGAAACCCUGAUCAUUGGUUUGGAGAGC